UGUGUGUGCUUGUAAGUGUUGGAAGACGAAGGAAAUUGUUCUUAUUAAUCGAAAGAAAUUGAAAGUAAUAAUACGACUGAUUUUAUUCUGUGUGGAUAGACGUAGAUAGUACAAUGACCUACGAAUGCGAAAUUUGUGAUAAGUCCUUCGCUAGUAAACAGAGUUUAAGUUGUCAUAUGAGAAUCCAUACAGGAGAAAAACCCUACAAAUGUGAGACAUGUAAAAAAUCUUUUGCUCAAUGGAGCACUUUGAAUUGUCAUCUCAGAACCCACACAGGAGAAAAACCAUACAAAUGUAAAAUAUGUGAUAAACGUUUUGCUUAUUUGAGCAGUUUAAAUUCUCAUUUCAGAACUCACACAGGAGAAAAACCAUACGAAUGUGAAACUUGUAAUCAAUGUUUUGCUGAAUUGACCAAUCUGAAUAAUCAUAUUAGAACCCAUACAGGAGAAAAACCAUACAAAUGCAUAACAUGUAAUAAAUCUUUUGCUCAUUCUUCCAAUUUGAAAACUCAUUUCCGAACCCACACUGGAGAGAAACCAUACAAAUGUAUAACAUGUAAUAAAUCUUUUGCUCAUUCUUGCAGUUUGAAUACCCAUGUCCGAACCCACACAGGAGAAAAACCGUACAAGUGCAUGACAUGUAAUAAAUGUUUUGCUGAUUUGAGUAAUUUGAAUAGUCAUAUCGAAAUCCACAUGGGAUAAAAAGCCUAAGCGUUGAGAAUAUGUAAUAAACGUUUCGAUAACGCAUCGUGUUUAACUUAUCAUCAUAGAUUUUACAGUUGAGAAAAAUUCUACGAAUGUAAAAUAUGUAAUAAAUGUUCUUUUAAUAUGGAUAUUAGAUUAAUUAGUUUACGAAAUUCUCAUUUAUACGUGUUGAUAGACGUAGAUAGUACAAUGACCUACGAAUGCACUAUUUGUGAUAAGUCGUACGCUACUAAACAUGGUUUAAGGUGUCAUAUCAGAAACCACACUGAAGAGAAACCUUACAAAUGUAAAAGAUGUAAUAAAUCUUUUGUUGAUUUGAGCACUUGGAAUCGUCAUCUCAGAAUCCACACGGGAGAAAAACCAUACCAAUGUGAAACAUGUGCUAAACGUUUUGCUCAAUUGAGCACUUUAAAUCGUCAUCUCAGAACUCACACGGGAGAGAAACCAUACGAAUGUCAAACUUGUAAUCAACGUUUUGCUCAAUUGGGCACUCUGAAUAAUCAUAUCAGAACCCAUACAGGAGAAAAACCAUACAAAUGCAUAACAUGUGAUAAAUCUUUUGCUCAAUCUUCCAGUUUGAAUAUCCAUCUCCGAACUCACACAGGAGAAAAACCAUACAAAUGCAUGACAUGUAAUAAAUGUUUUGCUAAUUUGAGUAAUUUGAAUAGACAUAUCGAAAUCCACAUGGCAUAAAAAACGUGAAUAUGUAAUAAACGUUUCGAUAACGCAUCGUGUUUAACUUAUCAUCAUAGAUUAUACAGUGGAGAAAAAUUCUACGAAUGUAAAAUAUGUAAUAAAUGUUUUCCUUUUAAAUGGAUAUUAGAUUUACUAUCUCAAACAAUAAAACCGACGUGUGCGUGUGCUUGUAGGUGCUGGAAGACAGAGGAAAUUGUUCGUAUCAAUCGAAAGAAAUUGAAAGUGAAAAUACGACUGGUUUUAUUCUGUGUUGAUAGUACCAUGGCCUACGAAUGCAACCUUUGUAAUAGGUCGUUCGCUAGUAAACAGAGUGCAAGUUAUCAUAUGAGAAUCCAUACAGGAGAGAGACCCUACAAAUGUGAAACAUGUGAUAAAAGUUUUGCUUAUUUGAGCAAUUACAAGUCUCAUCUCAGAACCCACACAGGAGAAAAACCAUACGAAUGUUCAACAUGUAAGAAAUGUUUUGCUCGUUCGAACAGUUUGAAUCGUCACAUGAAAAUCCACAUGAAAGAAUGUUGGAAGACAGAGGAAGUUGUUAGUAUCAAUCGAAAGAAAUCGAAACUAAAAAUACGACUGGUUUUUUUCUAUGUUGAUAGUACCAUGACUAACGAAUGCAAUAUUUGUAAUAAGUCGUUCGCUAGUAAAAAGAAUUUAAGUAUUCAUAUGAGAAUCCAUACAGGAGAGAAACGCUACAAAUGUGAAACAUGUGAUAAAUGCUUUACUCAAUGGAGCACUUUAAAUAGACAUCUCAGAACCCACACGGGAGAAAAACAAUACAAAUGUGAAACGUGUGAUAAAUGUUUUUCUCAAUCGAGCAAUUUGAAUCGUCAUCUCAGAACACACACGGGAGAAAAACCAUACGAGUGUAUAGUAUGUAAUAUAUGUUUUUCUCAAUUGAACAGUUUGAAUCGUCAUUUCAGAAUCCACAUAAAAGAAAUGAAAGAAAAUGUGUUGAUAGACAUAAAUAGUACAAUGACCUACAAAUGUAAAAUGUGCGAUAAGUCUCUCGCUAAUAAACAGAGUUUAACUUGUCAUAUUAGAAUCCAUACAGGAGAGAGACCCUACAGAUGUGAAACAUGUACUAAAUGUUUUGCUCAUUUGAGCACUUUUAAUUAUCAUCUCAGAACCCACUCGGGAGAAAAACCAUACGAGUGUAAUACAUGCAAUAAAUGUUUUUCUCUUAAGUACAGCUUGAAUCUUCAUUUGAGAAUCCACAAGAAAGAAAAACCCUACGAGUGUAAUACAUGUAAUAAAAGUUUUCCUCGUAAGUACAGCUUGAAUCGUCAUCUGAGAAUCCACAAGAAAGAAAAACCCUAAGAGUAAAGAAUAUGUGUUAAACGUUUCGUGAACUCAUCGUGUUAAACUCAUCAUCAUAGUUUGUAUUUAAUUCAGAAUCUUUCUACUCAUUCUGAAUGUAAACUAUUCAUUUGUCUCGUGUGUAAUAGUCAAUUUCAAAGUGAAGCUCAUCUGGAUGGUCAUCGUAUAAUGCACAAUCUAUACCCAUUUAAUUGCAUUAUUUUUUUAAGCGUUCUGCAGCCACAAGGCUUUCGAAGAACACAAAAAUGUACACAAUUCAUUAGUCAAUUCGUCUUACCAUUGCAAUAUAUACGUUGUAACAUUUGCUUGAGAAGAUAAUUAUGAAGUUCAUCUUGAAUAUAAUAUAAAUUUUGUUUAAAAAAUUUUAAUUGAAGGUAUGCCAACGAAAAGUUUAUUGACAAUUUUUAAGUAUUUUAAAGUGAUUUUAAA